UUCAAUUUAAACCAGUCUUGACCGAAUCCAUCGACACUUGUACAGGGAAGUCAGACGAAAAUAUAAACAGUACACUACUAUCGCAAAGAAGUUUUGUUUGAAGACACAGAUAUCAUCCCUAUUUUUGUGAGUCGCCCUCAGUGAAGAGCACACAAAAUUUAUUUACAAGUCAGCAUCGUUCAAAUUGAUCGAGAUUCGAGAUCCGUAUCAACAAGAGAACAAUGUCUACUGCCUUGCGAUGCCCGUUUCUGUCGCGGAUCCCCGUCAACCAAGUGAAGAAGACGGCAAGUCAGCUGAUGUCGUACGCGGAGAGGUGCCCAGUCAUGGUGCAUGCGAUGAGUUACAUGAACGGCCCAGACAUGAUGACCGUCACAGAUGAGCCCCUUGAGAAGCAGUGUCCGUUCUUUGCCAAGGAAGGCCUGACUGUCAGCGAUGUGAAGAGUCACAUCUCCUCAUUGAAAGAUGCUGCUCCCAAGACAGAAAAAACUGCCCCUACUGCUGAUAUGCCUGUUGCCAAGGCGACGGCUGCUGAGGCUACUGUCACUGCCCCGAAAUACCCCUCAGGGAUCAGCGUGGAGAAAACUCUGGAGAAAAUCAAGCUGUGGGGCAAAGGUGCAGAGGAAGAAAUGAAAGUGAAAGUAGAAGAGGAAGUACAGGAAAAAGAGGCCACAGAGGCCCAGCAGUCCAAGUUGUUUGACUACGAGGAUUUCUUCGGGGCCCAGAUCGACAGGAAAAAGAGCGACCACACCUACCGCGUGUUUAAGAAGGUGAUGCGCCGUGGGAGGGAAUUCCCCUACGCUGAGGACCACUCGACUGGCAAAAAGCGGGACAUUACUGUGUGGUGCAGCAACGACUACCUGGGCAUGAGCUGGCACCCAAAAGUCAUGAAUGCUGUCAGUGAAGCUCUGAAGAAUCACGGGGCGGGGGCAGGCGGGACGCGAAAUAUAUCAGGGAAUUCCCCUCUCCACGAGGGGCUAGAGGCUGAGAUAGCAUCACUGCAUGAGAAAGAGGCUGCUCUAGUGUUCACUUCCUGUUAUGUGGCCAACGACACGUCUUUGUGCACACUAGGACAAACUAUACCAGGUGUUCAUAUGUUCUCUGAUGCUGGAAAUCACGCCUCCCUGAUCCAAGGAAUAAGGAACAGCCGAGUCCCAAAACAUAUCUUCAGGCACAAUGAUCCCCUCCAUUUAGAAGAACUGCUUCGUAAAGUGGAUAGCGGCACCCCCAAGAUUGUGGUCUUUGAAACUGUACAUUCCAUGACAGGUGACAUAUCCCCCCUGAGUGAGCUGUGUGACGUGGCCCAUAAGUAUGGUGCCCUGACCUUCGUGGACGAGGUUCACGCGGUCGGUCUGUAUGGGGACCAGGGUGCAGGGGUCGGGCAGAGGGACAGCUGUAUGGACAAGAUUGACAUCAUCUCUGGAACUCUAGGUAAAGCCUUUGGGAACGUUGGGGGUUACAUCGCCAGUACCUCGAGGACAGUGGACAUGAUCAGGAGUUACGGGUCGGGCUUCAUCUUCACCACCAGUCUCCCUCCCACCACACUGGCGGGGGCCAGGGCGUCCAUACAGGUUUUGCGCGGUGAAGAAGGCAAGCAUCUGCGUGAAAAACAUCAGAGCAACGUCCGUUACCUGCGACAGAACCUGAUAGAGGCCGGUAUACCUGCUAUACACUCCCCGAGUCACAUCAUCCCCAUUCACGUCGGUGAAGCCGCCUUAUGCACCCAUCUAUCCGCGGAGCUCAUGAAUAAACAUGACAUCUACGUCCAGGCCAUCAACUAUCCGACCGUGGCUCGCGGUAGCGAACGACUCCGUGUGGCUCCAACCCCUCACCACACCAAGGCCAUGAUGGACUACUUCGUGUCCUCCAUUGUCAGAGUCUGGACUGACAAUGGUCUGGAGUUGAGCAGGGAGAGAUCCGUCUGUCCGGAUGAGUGUGAGGUCUGCAACAAGCCGCUGGGGAUCCAGAUACUCCAGGCGGAAGAGAAAGUCUGCGGCCGAUCCAACUGUACCUACGCCUCGCUCCAGGACAUCUUCUUUACCGAUAACCGCCGCGCUGUGGCAAUGGCUUGAUCAGAAAUAGAAAGGGAGGCAACCUACUUGAUACUGGACUUAAAAAAUGUGGUCUUUGGAAAACAAUUUUAAAACUUUGAGUUGGUUUAAGAAUUUUUACAAUGAAAUUUUUAUUAUUGGAAUAAAUUAAAAAAAAGUAAAGAAGGCUAAACCGAUAGGUUAACCAUAUGAGUCUUAAAAUUGAUAUUUUUGGAAAAUUGUUUUUUGAUUUGACAUGUUUUUUUCCCUUCAAUUUACAUGUUUCCUUGAUGUAUGAUUUAAAAAAAAAAAUAUUUUUCUAAUUACUAUAUUCUUUAAAAUUACUUAUUUAAUGAUAUAGUGUAAUUAUUAUUACUCUUCACUUGAUGAACGUGUAAGCUUAUGUCUUUCUAUUUAUGUUACAAACUGUCACAAUGUCACAACAACACCUCCCCUCCUAGGACAACCUGAUAUUUUUUCUUGUUGCUAAUAACAGGAAAUAUAUUUUACAAAUUCAGGGUCCUGUUAAACCUCUGUAAUUGUUUGCAAAGAUAUUUUAAACAACACAUGACAAUUUUUUCAACAUCAAAGACAGCUAGAUCAAAGAUGUUGGGCAUUUUUGGAUCAUUACUUUUGAGUUCCUGCCACAUUAGUUGUAAACAGGCAUUGAACACAUAAAUGUUCUGCUGUCCAAUGGGAAAUAAAGGCAUUUAUAUUGUGUUUACAUCUGUCAUUUAUCAGUCUGUAAAAAUUUUGUUACUGUAGAUUCCUUAUUUUAAGCGAGUUCUUAAUUCUGCGAUUCAUCCAUUUUGCAUCAAAUCGCUUGAAUUUGAAAUUGUAAACAUUUUAGAUUCAUAUACCGGUAGUCACAUCCGUUUUAAAAAUAAAAAAAGAGAUUUUAAAAUCUACAAAGUUUGCUUCUUGUGAGUUUAGCGGAUAUUGAUUUCUCACAUUUAAUAAUUAAUCUACAGUAGUAUAUAUGUACCGGUACUCGAUCUGCCAUUACAGACUUUAUUUGUUAUUAAUUAAGACACUGUUAUGAUUAAUGAAAUAUUUAUUAUAAUUAUUAUUACAAUGUUGUUUUUGUUUGUUAUAGUUUUAUCCCACAUUUGCCCAGUUAUCAAUUGUUAAAUAAUGGAUGAUAUAUCCCCGAUCUCAUAGGUGGAUGAUCAAGUGUAUCAGUCGUGCUAGGGCUGGAUGAUCACCUGUGUUGAAGGUUUUUUUGGAAGAUACACUUUGUAUCGUACAUGUUAAAUGCUCUUUAUGCAGCAUAAAUCAUCCAGGCUGAAUCCAGUGAUAAAGGGAAUCUCUCUUGUUUUCUGUGAGAAGGGCGUCUUGUACACUCAUGUUUUUCUCCUCUCCUUGUUAUAUAUCGUUGUGUGAAAAGAUUUCUUAAUACAAAUCUUGGGAGAUUCAGAUUACGAUACUUUGUAGCAUGAACUGUUGUUGAUUGUUGAUCAGUAAUUUUUAAUUUAUCACUUAAUUGAACCUAAGAUAUCAGAUUUAAAAGAAUGUAUGACUUUGAUACUUUAUCAUAUUUAUUGUGACAAAAUCCUUCAAAUGCUUGAUCUCUGCAGACUUUACAACGUAUACUUGUACUUCAGUGACGGUGCUUCUUGCGCUUCUCUCGAACGGGUGAUGGUGUUUCUUUGUCGAUGAUGACCAAUGAUUAUUUAAAUAUAUAAUUAUGUACUUAAAUGUUGUUUUAUAUGUAUGAAUUUCUUCAAUAGAUUUUUCAUAUGUAUCUUGGCCUAUCAAAAUGCCACGAUAAACCAUGGAAGACUUGUGAUAAUACUUAUACCUUUAUAUUUAUUUUUUGCAGCAUUUGCAAAGUUUGUUUUUUCUAAAGUAAAGUUCAAGAAAUUUGGCGACAUUGUAUGAGUACACUAUUUAUGUAUAUUUAGUUUUUUAAUAGAUUUACAUGUACUUAUAUUUGUUAAUUUAGCUCUGACAUCUUGUAAAUCCACUGCCAUCACUGACCAAAUAUGGGACUCAUGGGGAACAAAAGCAAUAAUGUAAAAAUAUUUUCAAAGAAAAAAAACCUUCUGAAAUAAAUUUGGAAUAAAUCUACA